GAUAAAACAAAGACACCGUCUACUCGGGAAGAAAGUUGUCUCCUUUCGCAAGGUGGAAGCUAACAGUGUUAGCCUUAGCUUUAGCCUGCUAGCACAGAUUUGCUGGUGAUUCCCCCCCACACACACUUCGAUGACGCGGCGUCCGAGAUUCGGGAAGCUGAUAAAAUAGCUCCAUGACUACACAACUUGGGACAUCAUGUCUCUCCUGCUCAUUUCCUUCCUCACAACACUGCUUCUUGCCAUUGUGUUGUCCUGCAUCGUAUUCCGAUGCCUGGUCAACACCCUGGCUGUACGGCUCUUCCAGACAGCAUUGAAUGCAGACUUGAAGAUCAAAUCAGUGGGACUGUUCUCCAUCCGAGGAGUUAGUAUCAAGUUUCACCCACAGCACACUGUGGAAAUUGACCGAAUAUGGAUUUCAAGCAAACUUUUGAAUCAGGAUUUACCGAGAUACCUAGCAUUGUGUGUGGGCGAGACGAGAGUUCGUUUCGACUUGCAAGCGCCUCUCAGACCACUGACAAAGAGGAUGAGGCAUGGGGAGAAAACGGGGAAGAUUUCUGUCAAUGCCACAACAUUUCGCUUCCUAUCACAACUGCUGUCGUUCCACAUCAGCUCGGUCAACGUGAUGGUCCUGAACAUGGCGCUGUCCGAGUCGCUUUGGCACAUGACCGUCACGUGCAUCACAUUGCUGCUGGACCACCACAGUAAAAGGCUAGCGUGGGACUUUUCAGUGGGACAGUUAAGCAGCAAAGUUCUCAAAAGCAGCCAGCUGGACAUUUGUCUGGCUGAGGUGGCAUUUGGCCUGCUGCUUUCGGGCGACGUGAGCCUCCCAGAGAUGAGGCCCGGUUCGCUGUCGCUGCGUGUCAAGACGCUGCUGGCCGAGCUACACGAAGGCCUCUUCCUCAGUCCCGUCCUGGUGACACCAAGCAUGACUCAAAACCCGUCUGGUGAGCAAAAGCAAGAGUGUUUGGACACGGAAUUUAUCCAAACGGAAGCCAUAGAGCAAUUCCACCACUACAUUCCACACAAGGCCAAUGUGGAAUUAGACAACACGAAUGUCACCCUGUCCAUGCACAGCCAGAAAAGACACCUCAACUGGACGCUGAAGUCUUUAAAGCUUUGCUACGCUCGUGACAGUGAGCAGCUUCCUCUCAAGAGCUUCACUCCCGAGCUAAGCUUUCCACAGAGCAGCCUGGAGCUCCUUCUGGAGGAUGGACUUCUUCUCUCACAAAGCAGGCAAAGAAUUGUCUGUGUAAACAUGCUCAAGACGUCCCUGCAGGUCACAUCCAUGGACAUUUCUGGCUCCUUCGCCGUCAACACUUGCAUCGUCCACUAUCGUCACCAGGAGUUCUCCCAGUGGCUCAAUCUGCUACCAUGGGGACAACUGAUGCACAGAGAGGGAUCACGUCCAAAAAGUCCAUUAGAUUUUUUGCCCACCCUCCUCUUCCUCAGGCGCCUGCCCCACCUCGACGCCCCUGUGAUGAUCUCGUCAUCCAUGUCCAACUUCAACGUGUCGGUGCAGCUUGGAGACACCACGCCCUUCACCCUCGGCUUCCUGUCUGCCCUUGCAGAACUGCAGCAUCUUCCAGACUUGAAGGUAGACCAAGAUGGCCCAGAAUCCCGCAACGUGCACCAGCGGGCCACGCUAAACCUGGACAAUUUCUGGUGGAGAGUGGGCCAGGGCUCUCAUAUCCAACAAGCCCCUCAUCCUCCCAGCAAACACGUGUGGGGUGAAGCACUCAUUCUCGACUCCCUCGGUCUUCAGGGGAGCUGGAAUCGAGCCAGCAGCGACUUGAAUGGCAGCCCUCCGUCUCUAAGUGUGGAGUCCAGCCUGAAGGGACUCCAAGUGGAGCUGUCGGAGACCUGUGCGCUGUGUUUGUCUCGUUUGCUCUCUUUCAUCUACACUCCAGGUCAAGAGAGGUUUUCUGAUGAGCCCUCACUGUCUCCCCCUAUUGCCUAUAUGGUGCAACACUCCUCAUCCUCGCCUCUGCUUUUAAAACUGGACUUCCAUUUGGAGGAUGUUAACGUUUUCACAGUCUCUAAUCUAGCAGGAGCUCUGUCUUUGCGGAUGGAUACUGUUAGAGUGAUGAGCUCAGCUGAGAGCACCCGAGUGUCUCUGCAGGGAGUUGGUUUCUCCGCCAUCAAGAUGCUCACAGAGAACAUGGAGAUGUGCUGUCCUGCCUCUCAGAUUGCAAAACCGAUUGUCAGGCUCACCGCCAUGGCGCUCUGUUACCACCUCAGUACCCACACGCUGCAGGUUCAGUGUGAAGAAGAUCUGGCUGUUGUAUGGAUGCCUCCGGACCACAUGUUCUUGUAUCAGCAUGUGACGGAAGCACUGGAUUGCUGGCAUAUACUCUGCCGUGAAAGAGAAGACAAGUGCCUGGUCAAACCAGACAAAGGCGAUCAAAGAGGUCUGAGUGUGCUGCUGGAACUAGGCGGGGCUCGUGUGACGGCACACGUGGGGGAGUGCAACUACAUCCUCAUCCACGUAGAAGCAUUGUCCCUCUCCAAGCAUGCCGGUUCGUUACAUGUGCGCUCACCUGCCCUGACGUUCAACUUCGAUGGCCAUGAUAUCGUCUCCUUCAAGAGCUUGGAUGCGGAGUCACACUAUGAGCUGCCAGAGAUGCAGCUGCACAGGAACAGCUUCCCCUCCCUCACCACGCCUCAUAAUCGUGUGUGGGUUUUCACCUGCCCGCUCCUCUCCGUGGAGUUACCUUACCAGUACAACUUCUCAGACACCUUCGACAGGGCUAUCAGUGUGCAGAAGUGGUUGAAGAGCCUGCACUGCCCAUCGGGCCCACCCUCCUCUGUCCAGCAGCUUCUGCCACCGGACCUCAUCUUCAAAAUCAGUCAGUUCUCCUUUGUCUUCCUGGACGAUAUCUUCGAAAUCAAACUGCGCGACAACUACGAGUUGAUGAAGGACGAGAGCAAGGAGAGCGCCAAGCGUCUGCAGCUCCUGGACAAGAAGGUGGCCGACCUGCGCAAGCAACAUGGCGAGCUUCUGCCCGCCAGGAAAAUUGAGGAGCUGUACAGCUCGUUGGAGAAGAAACACAUCGAAAUCUACAUCCAGCGCUCGCGACGCCUCUACUCCAACACGCCCAUGAGGAAGUCGCUGUUGACGUGGACCAUUUCCGACCUGGAGCUGGUCGUCCUGGCCGACCAGUCACUUCAUGGCCCGGAGAGGGUGAGAGAGCAGCUGAGGGACAUCGAUAGGAUCAGCCCCUUCCCAAGAGAGGGGCUCCCCUUGGUUGUCCAGUGGUGCCGCGCUGUCAAGUUCAAACUGGCUUCAUUUUUGGUGAGAAUUCGGGACUACCCGCGCUACCUGUUUGAAAUCCGCGACUGGUCGCUGUCAGGACGGCUGAUGGGGACGGAGCAGGAUGGGCAGGCCAGGGCUCACCGCAAAGAAACGGUUCCGCUUGGCCCACCAUGGGGAAACAUGACAGUGUACAGGAAUAUUCCACCGCUAAAGUUCUACUACGAGUUUAAAUCCAACAUUUGCCUCUACACCAUCGUCUGGGGACCGUGUUGGGACCCGGCAUGGACUCUGAUUGGCCAGUCGGUUGACCUGCUCACCAAACUGGCAGCAGACCCCUCGCCUCUGCUCGCUUGGUGGGACAAAAGUCGCCUCUUGCUACACGGUCACUGGGUCAUGGAUAUUGACCAGGCCAAUCUGCAUCAGCUCGCCACAGAGGAUCCUUACAACACCACAGAGAACUUGCACUGGGAGUGGAGCAAGCUCAACUUUGACUGGGACCCUGGCCAGUUUGUAUUUAAAGGAGAUUUGAAUGUCAACGUCAGGACGGCAUCAAAGUACGACGACAUCUGCUUUCUGCACCUGCCCAAUUUGUGUAUGACCCUUGACCUACAGUGGCUCUGCCAUGGCAACCCUCAUGAUCACCACACCAUCACGCUCUGCUCUGCAGAGAAUGUUGCAGAUGUGACCUCGGGACAGCUUCAUGACUCCUAUAGGGCGUUUCGCUCGGAGAAUCUAAACCUGUCCAUCACCAUGGACCUUAACCAGCACUGUGGCCUUGAAUUAUUCCAGCCGAGAAUCUUGUUGUACAGCAGCACUCUGCGCUGGAUGCAGAACUUCUGGGCCACGUGGACCAGUGUGUCUCGGCCCAUAUGCAGGGGAAAUCUCUUCCACAGCCUCAGGCCCGUGCGCAGGAAGCUGGGUCAACAUUACAAGCAGAUGUCCUACACGGCUGCCUUCCCACAACUACAAGUGCACUAUUGGGCGUCAUUUGCCCAGCAAAGAGGUAUCCAACUGGAGUGUAGCAAAGGCCACAUCUUCACUCGAGGGGCUCAGAGGCUAAUUCCACAGGCUGGCACCGUGAUGAGAAGGCUGAUCUCCGAAUGGAACGUGACUCAAAUGGUGAGUGACCUGUCGCAGGUGACGGUGCACCUGAUGGCCUCCACGUGGGACGAGACGGCUGACCACCAGAUCAACGCUCAGGUGAACAAGACCCACCUGCUCAGCCUCUCCUCCCUCAGCUACCAGCGACAGAGCAACCGCAUGGAAGAGGAAGUGACCUUGAAGGACGAGACCAACGCCACAUACACUCACAAGCUGCGCCUGGUGGACCUGCGCGCCUCUUGGACCACCAUCAACAGGAAUAUAGCAUUCGGGCUGUACGACGGUUACAAAAAGGCCUCAGUCCUUAAGAGAAACCUCUCCACGGAGGCACUGAAGGGCCUGCGCAUAGACACGCAGCUGCAGGCCAAGAAGCUCAAGCGCUCACCUUCAAACUACUCGCCCACCGCAAAGCCUGCCACGCCAGUUGCACCCACCCUCAGUCGAGCAGAGAAAAGUCUACAUGAGGGAACAUCAAUGCUCCAGAAGCUCAUUGAGGAAACAGACAAGUUUGUGGUGUUUUCCGAAGAGGACUCGGGGGUCAGUGACCAGCUCUGUGGAAUCGCAGCCUGCCAGACCGAUGACGUCUACAACCGAAACUGGUUUAUUGAGUUGGUCAACUGCCAGAUGAUGCUGCGUGGCACCGAGACGGCCGGCUGCAUGCUAGUAUCUGCGGCCAAGGCCCAGCUGCUGCAGUGUGAACACCACCCGGCCUGGUACAACGACACCCUGAAGCAGAAGACCACCUGGACCUGCCUGCUGGACGGCAUGCAGUACUUCGCCACCAUGGAGCCCAACCCAUCAGAGCAGGAGGAUAGGCAGCUGUGGCUAGAGGUGAAAAACAUUGAGGAGCACCGGCAGCGGAAUCUUGACUCUGUGCUGGAGCUGAUGGAGAGCGGCCAGGCUGUAGGUGGAAUGGUUAGCACCACUACAGACUGGAACCAGCCAGCGCAGGUGAACGAGACCCAGCAGGUCCAACGCAUCAUCUCCCGUUGCAGCUGCCGAAUGCACUACAUCAGCUACAGUCACGACAUCAACCCCGAGCUCGCCACACAGAUUAAACCCCCCGAACUGAGGAACCACUGCGAGAAGGAAGACCUGCUGAAGAAACAGGCCGGCGCUGUGGACACGUUCACCCUCAUUCACCACGACCUGGAGAUAUCCACCAACCCUGUUCAGUAUGCCAUGAUCCUGGACAUCGUAAAUAACCUCUUGCUCCACGUGGAGCCAAGACGCAAGGAGCACAGUGAGAAGAAACAGCGUGUGCGCUUCCAGCUGGAGAUCUCCAGUAACCCUGAAGAGCAGCGCAGCAGCAUCCUACAUCUCCAGGAGGCAGUCAGGCAACACCUAGCCCAGAUAAGACGCCUGGAAAAGCAGAUUUACUCCAACAUUAGAACACAAUCCGAGGAGCAGAGCAUUGACGACCUGAACGAGAUCAACACACAGCUGCAGAAUCAGCUCAACCAAGAGAAGAACGACAUGCAGAUGAAGAGCGAGGAGCUCAACAUCCUCAUCAGGUGCUUUAAGGACUUUCAGCUGCAGCGGGCCAACAAACUGGAGCUCCGCAAACCACCGGAGGAUGUGAGCGUGGCAAGGAGGACAGAGAUCUACUUCGCUCAAGCACGCUGGUGUCUGACUGAAGAGGACGGCCAGUUGGGCAUCGCUGAACUGGAGCUGCAGAGGUUCAUGUACAGCAAGCUUAACAAGUCUGACGAUACAGCAGAGCAUCUGCUGGAGUUAGGCUGGUUCACCAUGAACAACCUGCUGCCUAAUGCAGCCUACAAGGUUGUGCUUCGCCCUCAGAGCGCCUGUCAAUCAGGACGACAGUUUGCGCUCCGCAUUUUCAGCAAAGUACGCCCCCCAGUGGGUGGGAUAUCUGUCAAGGAGCACUUUGAGGUGAACGUAGUGCCUCUCACCAUCCAGCUCAUGUACCACUUCUUCAAGAGGAUGAUGGGAUUCUUCUUCCCAGGGAGGAAUGUGGAGGAGGAGGAGGUGACUGACGAGGAGGACAAGUUCCGACUGGUCACCACGGGUAUCCCAGUGAAGACUCGUCAGUCCUCUGAGGACACUAUGGGCGCCAUGGGCCCCAGUAAAGGCCUAACCCAGGGGAUGAACCGCAGCGCUGGCGUCAGGAGGUCAUUUAGGAAACCUCUUGAGCAUCCUGUUGAUGACAUUGACAAGAUGAAGGAGCGAGCGGCCAUGAACAACUCCUUCAUCUAUAUCAAGAUUCCACAAGUGCCACUCUGUGUCAGCUAUAAGGGAGAGAAGAGCAGCGUGGACUGGAAGGACCUGAACCUGGUGCUGCCGUGCUUGGAGUACCACAACAACACCUGGACGUGGUUGGACUUCGCCAUGGCCGUGAAGAGAGACAGUCGCAAGGCUCUGGUCGCACAGAUGAUCAAGGAGAAGCUACGCCUCAAGCCGGCCGGUGCCGGCUCCGACCCACGGGGGAAGACGUCGGACAGCAAGGCGGACUCGGGCCUACAGCAGCAGGAGGAGGACGAAAAGGCUCGGCUGCUCAUCGGCCUCAGCGCCGCUGACAAGAACUCAGGCAAGAAGAGCAUCUUCAGCCGACGCAAGUGAGUCACUGUCGCUGGGACCAAACCAACCUGGGUUGGGAAAAAAAGGGACUUUUUUUGUGUAUCAUGUUGUCCUGCUGAACUUCACAUUGAAGUGGGCAAAAAAACAAAGCCCUCAGGUGCCUGUUGAUUAUGAAUAUGACCAAACGCUAAUUAAGCAUCAUCCUUGCAUUUCAACCGUUGAGCACAAUUGCGAGUUAACUCUUAGUGAGUGCUUUCCUGCUGGCUCAGGAACACGCGUGAAAACCUCACCUAUGUCGUCUGCUGUAAGAAUUCCAUUAAUACACACACAAAAAUGAUGUAACUGUUUUAUAUUUUGAGGUGCAUCUCAAUAAAUUACAACAGUUGUUUCCCCAACCUUUGCGCCAAGGCACAUAUUUCCAAUUAGAAUAAUCUCAGAGCACACAACCACAUAGAAAUGUCACAAAAAGUAUACACAGUAGUGCCUAAGAUACGAGUGACCCGACUUAGGAGAUUUUGGGAUACAAGCCGUCGUUGUGCCAAUUUUAUGCUUUGACUGGCGAGCAAAACAUUUACAUGAGUGCUGUAUGGUGGCAGUGAACUCAACUCAGCUCACUUCACAACAAGCAGCAAUUUGAGAUAGUUAAUAAAAAUAAAAAUAAAACUGUAUUGUAUGUAAUAUUCCUUAUUUAAAAAAACAAAAAGUUUUUUCUGGAGAGGCUGGGACAAUUUAAUGGCAUUUAUUUUCAGUUCAAUGGAGAAAGAUAAUUUUAGACUGUUUUCAGUUAUGAGUAUGGUCAUGGAACAAAUUAAACAUAUCUCAAGACACCACUGUAUAAUCCCUAUUCUAAUACUGAUUUUAAACACAUUGAAGCUUAUUAAAAAAACACUUUCUAAGCACAUUGUAAAUGCAUUGAAACACCCCAAAAAAUGCAAGCGUAAACAUUUAUUAUGGAAAUUGUAAAAAAAUAACUGAAAAUAUUUCCUUUUUAGUUUAAGCCUCCUUGUCUCGUCAAAGUUGAAGACUUGCUAUCAUUUUGCCAAAAGUUUUGAGGUACUCCUCUGCUUUACCACACCUGAUGAUGGACUGAAUGCAGGUUUCUCAAAUCAGCCCUGACUGCCUUUAAACACAUCUGUUGAAGUGCCUGAGGUCUGCUCCAGCAAAUGAGUGUAAAAGGUUUGUCUAAGACUUCAUGAUUUACUUUCAUGGUCAUGAUCUGCUUCUCCUUCUCAGCACUCACUUUCUUAGGAGACGUAGUUCGAAAAAAGGGACUCGGGCAAAAAUAAAAGGAAAAUGCGAGCACAAAACAUAACUGUACCUUAUGUAUUGGCCUUGCUUCUUCUUCUGUGGUGUUUAUUGGUGGUUAGUGGCACAUUACCGCCACCAACUGAUAUAGUCCUUCCACAGUAACGAAACCAAUGUGAGUUGAUGGUGGCCGGAUGUUGUGAAGUUUGCUGCCACCAACUAGUCGGUGGGGGUCUGAAGCGCUCGUGUACCUUAAAUUUUUGCUCGUAACUCAGGACAAAAGAACUCAGCCAAACGACGUCUAAUAUGUAAUGUAGCGGAGGGAGAGUUCCUGUAUACUGUAAUAAUGUGUGGCAAUAGUGUAAGCGCAUUUAAUUGUUCUGCCUUGUUUAAUUGUUAUACGUCACUGGCUUCAAUAUAAGAACAAAGAUACAUUAUUUGUAGUAAAUAGACAAUACAUUUCAGACCAAUUAAGUUAAAUUGGAUUUCUCCUGGCGGCACGGUGGAUGACUGGUUAGAGCGUCAGCCUCACAGCUCUGAGGACCCGGGUUCAAUCCCCAGCCCCGCCCGUGUGGAGUUUGCAUGUUCUCCCUGUGCCUGCAUGGGUUUCCUCCCACAUCCCAAAAACAUGCAUUAAUUGGAGACUCUAAAUUGCCCGUAACUACGGAAACAAACUUCCAUUUGUUUCCGUAGUUCGAUUCAUAUCGUGGAAAUUACCCUUAUAAGGGUUUUCUGUUUCAUGAUUUUUUUUAUUUAGAAUUUUCAUAAUUAUAGGUGGUAGCACAGUGGAUUAGUAGUUAGCAUGUCUGCUUCAAAGUUCAACGGUUCAGUGUUCAAAUCUGGGCUGUGCCCUUGUGUACUCUGGCUUCCUCCCACAGUCCAAAAACGUGAAUGUUAGACUCAUAGAAGACUCUAAAUUGCCCAUACAUGGUAAUUCUUGUAUUUGAUUGAAUGGCGACCACUCCAGGGUAUACCCUGCCUCUCGUCCAGUCAACUGGAAUAGGCUCGGGCUCACCCGUGACCCUAAUGAGGAUAAGGCUAUCGAAAAUGGAUGGAUGAAUGAGAAAUUAUAUCGUGAAUGUAUUUUUUUCCCUUUUUGAAUUGAACUAAUGAAAUAAAUGAACUUUUCGAGCAUAAAGUGAAAGGACCCUGCCGUGAAUAGCGAAAAUCUACAAGUAAUUGCUUAUAGAUGGCAGCAAGGAUAUGGCCUGACUAAAUUAAGCUUCUAGCCUCACUUUAGCAAAUAGUUCCUGAGCACCAGAUGUCAAAAGAUGGCUCCAAAUCAAUAUUUUUAUGAGACAUGGCUUUGGCUUGAGCACCAAACUGCAAAUAACAGGGGAUAAGUUCCCUCAAUGCUGGGUUUCACUGUAUUGUAAUUCAUUGAGAUGCAGUCUGAUUUUCUACUUUGUUCUUUUAUAUAAUAAAGUGAAUUGGAAAAAAGUAUUGGUUUCUGUUUGUAUUUACAAACACUCCCGUCCAAAAGUAUUGAAACAGUGAGUAACAUCAAAGGUUUCAGUUUGUUUUUUACCUAUAGGCAUCUCCCUGGUUUUCAUGUUAUGUACACCUCUUGUAUAAAUAUAAAAUAAACACACAUGAUGAUA